AUGCGAGUUUUCCGCGCUUUCCUUCUGCACGACACUAAGAUUCCUUCUCUCGUGGUGUUUUACUCGCGCAAGUCUGUGUUCCAGUACUUGAUUCUUCGUCGCACUGUCGCGAUUCAAUCUUUCAUGGAUGUUCUAGCGCGUGGGCACACCUCCGUAGGUGAGGCGGGAUGCCGUCGUUCUUUUCCCCAGUGGCUUGAGCAGACGCGCUACUUGUUGCGUUCUGUCGGUGUCCGCAGGGAUCCGAGCGGCAGCGAAGUGCCCCCUGAUAUGGAAUCCCGUCGCAAGUCCAGGCGUUCUGUGGCGGCUCGCUCGCGUAGAGUAGAGAAUUUUCGGCUCGUCAGGCGUGCCAAUCGGCAACGCUACCGUUCUUUGAAGACGGAGCUCCAAAAAUUGACCCUAGUUGUUGAUGCUCCGAGGGAUUCCCAAAGGGUUCAAGAAGCUCUUCACACGGUUGGCUGUGACUUGUCUUCCAAUGCUGGCGCCUUUAAGGCUUCUUUGCCAGCUCCAGAGGUGGGAACUCGUAAUCCCACUCUGAUCCGGGCGGCGCGCCUUAAAGGCUUCCUUUGCGCCACCUGGAACGUGGAGGGUCUCCGAAGCCCGGGCAAGCAUCACGUGCUUGUCAGAGCUAUGGAAACCUACCACUUGGACAUUGUUCUUCUCCAGGAAACACACACACAAGGUGCUGCUUCGUAUUGCAUUCGGGAUCAUCUUUUCUAUUUAGUCGGCUCUUCUGAUCGUAAAUGUGACGCGCAUGCUGGGGUAGGUUUUAUCCUUGCGCCUCACAUGCGUAAAUACGUGAUUCGUUUCACGCCUUAUCACGCGAGAGUCGCUGCUCUGGAAAUCAACACCAGACCGCGUGCUUCCACCUUUUUCAGCAUUUAUGCCCCCAGCACUCUCCCGGAUCCUGCGCUUGAUAGAGAGCGCAAGGAGGCUUUCUGGGACCUGCUCGCUAGUAUUGUCCCGCGUUCCAACUCCAGCAGCCCCAUCGUCAUCGCUGGGGACUUCAAUUCGAGACUCAUACGGAAACUGGCGGAGGAUCCGCCUGUGUUUGGCGACGCGCUUUUUGGCACCUCCAGUGUGAUUCACACUGAGGAAUGGAAUAAUCGGGCGAACCUUCUUAGUUUUGCGCAUGAGCGCAACUUGCUGUUGCUCAACACUUUCACCUCGAAGCCAGUUUGCACGUUCCGUGAAAUUGGCGCCGGAAGUUCUAUCUUUGAUCCGGCUCCGCAGGAUUAUCACAUUCUCGACUUUGUUUUGGUCCCUGCGACUCGGAAGAACAACAUUCAUGGCAUUCAUGGCCUUCAUUCUUUCGCUUUUGAUUCCCACCACUACCCUUUGGUUUUCAAAUACCAAUUUAAAGAUGCAGGGCGUGUCAAAACCUGUGGCAACAGACCCGGUCUGGUCCUUCCACCGCAAUUGCAGCUCCCGACUUUUGACCAGAGGCCGGAAGGUCCGGUCUUUUACGUUUUCACUGAUGGUUCAGCGGGCGCCGGUGCGGCGGGCUGGGGCUUCUCCAUCUGCUUUGAUGUUGAAGGUCGGUCUCCACUUCUUUCCUCGCACGGUUGGGUUGAGACUGACCCUUCGAGGCCAGCCUACCAGGGCACCUUGCUUUGUACCAAUAACACGGCUGAGGUAGUUUCGCUUCUUGAGCUUCUUGAUCUUCUCAUUCGCGAGUUUCCGGUAGCCACGACCUUUGUGGUUCGUCCAGACUCGCAUUUCGCUAUGUACACUGCCUCUUUAGACUGGAUUACCUCGAAGCAUCCAGAGUUGGUUGAAAAGCUGCUGCUUCACCUCGCUUGUGCGCAGCAACGCCAUUUCUUUUGCUUUCAACAUGUUCGGGCUCACAAGGGGGUCCCCGGCAAUGAGCGUGCUGAUGAGCUCGCUAAAUCCGGUGCCCUCGGCAGCUGUUCUUGGGUUGGCCGUUGGGGCGCUCUCAUUCAGCCUCUUCAGGUCCCCAGUCUGCCUCCCGCCCUCAGUCUUUCUUAUGAGGGCCUUAUCGCUCUCAUUUCUUCGCAAAUGUUGCGACGGCCUCCUCGGAAGGCCAAAAAGCCGUGGAUCUCCGAGGCCACGUUGGCCAAAAUCGAUGAACUCGCUUUCCUGCGCACGAAUGGGUUGGCAACCCAUGAGCAGGAGGUUGCCCACCAUAAGGAGAUUCGCAAAAGGGCACGCCGUGACAAGAGGGAUUGGACAACAGCUCGUUUGUUGGACCAUGACCCCCGCUCACCGCCCUGGAAGGUUUUGGCUUCUCUUCGCUCUGCCUUCCACUCCAGACCAGUGGCGAUCAAGUCGUCCACAGGCCUGGUCACUGGGUAUAACAUUGCGGAGGAGUUCGCUCAGCAUUAUGCGCAAAGAUGGUCGCUCCCUGGGCCGUUCCUUCCACCCCCGCUUGGGGACUCUCAUCCUCCUAUUCCGGUGGAUGGCCUGACCUGCAAGGUGUCUCUGGGUGAGCUCCUGGGAGCUAUCGCCCGCACGAAGCGUGGGAAAGCACCGGGGACGGAUGAAGUUCCGGCGGAUGUUUUUCGUCGUCUUACACUGCCGACGCUUCUUCUUAUUGCUGCUUUGUUCUCGGACAUGAUUGAGGGUGGCCCACACCCCCAAAGUUGGCGUGAGGCCAUGGUAGUGGCUUUGUUCAAAAAGCACUGCCCGUUGGAGGCCAGUAACUAUAGGCCCAUUGCUUUGUUGAAUUCUUUUUACAAGCUGUUCGCCUGCGUCCUGCGGUGUCGUCUCGCCAAAUAUGUUGAGGACCGUUUGCGUGGUUCCCAAUAUGGGUUUCGUCCAGCUCGUUCUUCCUCGCAGUGCGUUUUCCUCCUUAAACGCAUGGUGGAGCUGUUUGAGCAGUAUGGGGGCACGCUCCACGUCAUUUCUCUGGACUGGAGGCUCGCCUUCGACUCCAUUCACCACUCGUCUAUUGAUUGGGCGCUUACCCAUCUCGGGGUUCCUGCCCAAUUUCGGAGGGUCAUCAUGGCUCUCUACCAUGACACGAUCUUCCGGGUCAAAUUUGGAGUCGAUUCUUCGGAUUACCCCUUUUUGAGAGGUAUCCGACAGGGGUGUCCGCUUUCCCCUUUUUUGUUCGUCGCUGUGCUCUCCGUUGUUUUUGAGUCUGCCGUUGGCGUGUUCUUUGAUCGCUACCAGCAGCGUCCUUGGACGCUUUCUCGUGAGUCCCCCACUUCGGAUCUGGAGUACGCGGAUGACACGCUGCUGAUGGCACGUACGGGUCAAACGGCGAACCGUAUGCUCCACGUCCUCCAAGAGGUCGCUUCUGCUGCAGGCUUGGUUCUUCAUCCUGCUAAGACCUUCCAUCUCGCAGUCAAUUCGGAGUGGCCCAUCAUCCCUGCUAUGGCUGAGGCCGGUGAGAGGUGCCACUGCCGUUUCUGUGACGAGUCACAGACCUGCCCUCAUGUGUGCCCUUUGCAGCAGGUUGAGGAGCUGGAGUACCUUGGUACUAUUACUACCCCGAAGGGCGAUGCUGAUCCCAAUCUGCGUUACCGUCUUAGGCUUGGUCGCUUGGCGUUUGCUAAGCUCAAGCCUUUUUUCCGAUUGUCGGGUGUCCCUCUGUCCGUCAAGCUGCAAGUCUACACUGCUAUCUUCCAAGCGGUGGUGGUGUAUUCGUUGGAGUCUGAGGCUUUGUCACCGUCGCAAUAUAAGCGACUGGACACGCUCGGCAUGAAAGUGCUUCGCAGCAUUCUUAAGCUUGGGAGUACUCGCAUGCUUUCUUUCGCAUGCCCACCCUCCAAGACACUGUCUCUGUCCAUGGGGGUCCCGAAGACGUCCGUCUCGGCAUCGCGGAAGCCCAUAUCUUGA